UACUCACAAACAUGGUGGAUAAAUGAAUAGAAGAAGCUGUUAAUGGUUAAAAUCCGGAAUAAACUUCUUAUUAAUUCAUGAUUUGAAGCACCAGGAAUUCAACAUGUCAUUACCCUGAAGCAAACUCGGUUCAAGUCGGAUAAAUAAGUAACGUGAUGUCGUUCCCGGAGCCCAGACCUCAGGUUCCUCAGCUCCCUCAACACCUUCUGAGGAGCAUCGACUGCCAGCAGGGGGCCGUCCGGGCGGUGCGCUUCAACGCUGACGGGAACUACAUUCUCUCCUGCGGCAGCGACAAAUCUCUGAAGCUGUGGAGCGUGAGUCGAGGCACUCUGCUGAAGACGUACAGCGGACAUGGAUACGAUGUGCUGGACGCUGACGGUUCCUUUGACAACAGCCAGCUGUGCUCCUGCAGCUCUGAUAAGUCGUUGAUUCUCUGGGACGUCGCCACGGGACAGGUCACUCGUAAACUCAGAGGUCACGCUGGGAAAGUCAACUGUGUCCAGUUCAACGAGGAGGCGUCUGUCAUCUUCUCUGGCUCUCUUGAUGGGACGGUUCGUAGCUGGGACACUCGCUCCAGGAGGUUUGAGCCGAUCCAGAUUCUGGACGAGGCUCGAGACGGCGUCAGCAGCCUGAAGGUGGCUCAGCACGAGCUGCUCACUGGGUCUGUGGAUGGCAGAGUGCGGCGCUACGACCUGAGGAAGGGACAGCUGCACGUGGACUUCAUCAGCAGUCCCAUCACAUGUGUGUGUUUCAGUCAGGACGGUCAGUGCACUCUGAGCUCCAGUCUGGAUUCUACCGUCAGACUGCUGGACAAAAGCACCGGGGAGAUGCUGGGAGAGUAUACAGGACACAAGAUGAAGGGCUACAAGCUGGACUGCUGUCUCUCCGGGAAAGAUACUCACGUGCUCAGCUGCUCAGAGGACGGACACGUGUACUGCUGGGACCUGGUGGAGGGAUCUCUGACCCUGAAGCUUCCUGUGGGGAAAGCUGUCGUCCAAUCACUGUCCUUCCACCCCACAGAGACCCGCCUCCUCACCGCCAUGGAGGGGCGUGUCCAGGUGUGGGCGGCGGAGCCUGAGGAGGAGGAGGAGGAGGAGGCCAUGGCCACGUAGAGGGAGGAAAUAUGAGUUUGCAUCGUGAGACGAUUGUAUUUUCUAUCAUAACAAUUAAAUACUCAACUUUCAACACCAUCGACCUCAUGGAUAAAAACCUCUUACUUCCAUGUUUAGUUUUUGAGUCACAAGGCGUCGUUGGAAAGAAAUAAGAAUAUUCAGAAAAUAUAAAUCUGAAGUCUCAAAAGCAGUGUUUGUAACCUUGUAAUUGGCUUAAACAUUGUCAUUUAUUUUCCAAGAAGUGAGUUAUUUAAAUCUACUUGAUUCAGAUAACUUCAGAUAUCUAGAUGAUCUUAUUGGUUAAUUUCUUCAUUAAAAUCUAAUCCUCCUAAGAUGGAAGCUAUUGCUAAACAUACUUUAAUACAGAUACUACAAAGUAAAAACAACUUUUUGGAGGCUUUGGUUCACAAAUGUACAGAAAACAUGACCUGGAUUUGGAGUGAGUGGAUGAUAGUUAUUUGAACACGACUUUGAUUUUUGUAUGUGUGCAAAACUUCUAUUUUUGUACAAAGCGUUAAAUAAACCAGUUUUUUUCUGAGUACA